AUGUCACGGAGAGUAGUAAUAACAGGAUUAGACUGUAUCACACCGUUAGCAACUUCAGCCCGUGAGUCAUGGACUAAUUUACUCUCUUCAAAGCCAUGCUUUACACCUAUCACUUCAUUAUCCAAUUAUAAAAGGGACUACAGACCAUUCUUCAAGUGUCUUCCAUCAAAUUUGAAAAUUGGUAAAUGUCAUACUGAGAAAUCACAAGAGUUUCAGGAACUAAGCAAAACAAUACUUAAUGCUCAAGAUGAACGUAGAAUGACUGAUUCUGUGAAAAAUAGUGUCUUGACUGCUUAUAAUGCCCUUAAAUCAGCAAAUUUACUAAUUCAAGAUACACACACACUAGACAACUCACUUGUAGAUCGAAAAAGGGUAUCUACCAUUAUUGGUACAGGGCUACCUCCGAUGGAGGAAAUCCACAAUGCAACUUUACAGUUUCAUGACUCCCAAAAGAGACCAUCUCCAUUUUUCAUACCAAAGAUUUUAUCAAAUAUGAUUUCGGGAUCUAUUUCGAUAAAGUUUCAAACCUUGGGUCCAUCACAAACUGUAUCCACAGCGUGUGCAUCUGGGAAUAACGCUAUCAUUGAUGGCUUCCACAAUAUUAAGAACGAUUAUUCGGAUGUGGCAAUCGUAGGUGCUACAGAAUCUUCAUUGCACCCGUUGACGAUAUCAGGGUUUCAUCGAAUGAAAAGCCUAUCAAGUGAUUCUAUAUCAAGGCCAUUCGAUGUGGAACGUGAUGGAUUUGUCAUAAGUGAAGGCACUGGUAUCCUAAUUCUGGAAGAGCUAAGUCAUGCAAUGAAGAGAAAUGCUACGAUAUAUGCCGAAUUGAGAAAUGUAGGGUUAUCAAGUGACGCCUACCAUGUUACAUCUCCAAGAAGCGAUGGAGAUGGCGCAAGGAGGGCAAUGCAAAUGGCUCUUAAAGGCGUCAACCCCAAUGAUAUAGAUUAUAUCAACGCACACGCUACUUCCACUCCUGUAGGUGAUGUAUCUGAAUUGAAUGCAAUUGUAAACACAUUUGCUGAACCUUCCAAUCGAAAGAAGUUAUUACAUGUAAGCAGUAACAAAGGUGCAAUGGGCCAUUUACUUGGGGCCGCAGGUAUCGUUGAAUCAAUCUUCACAAUUUUAUCACUACACGAAGGUAUAUUACCUCACACAAUGAAUCUAUCUAAUGAAAGUAAGGUAGAAAAUCCUCUGAUAAAUUUAAUAAAGGAUAAGCCAUUAAAACAUGACAAUUUAAAUUUUGCUUUAUGUAAUAGUUUCGGUUUUGGAGGUGUAAAUACAUCUUUACUAUUUUCCAAGUGGAAAUUUUGA